GCUAAUUAGUGAAGGGGGUGUAACUUUGACAGUUAACACUACAAUGUGAAAAAGGAAGACGUGCUUACUACUACUCUUUAGAUGUGCACCCCGCCACCAAGCUAAGGUCCCAUUAUGCACCAAACUAAAGUUGUUCCAUUCAAAUCAAAUUAAAAUUUUCUCAAUCCUUUACUUUUCUUUUUCUCUAUUUCGCAUUUAAUCAAACAGUUGAUCGUCGAUCCAACUUCAUUCCCAGCGAUCAUCGUUGACGAUCAUGAGAAAACGUUUGUUCUCGUCCGUAGCACCACCACCUUCUCCGAUUCCCACAGGCAGAGGAUCACGUUCCGCUGUCGACUCAAUUUUGGGAGAGUACAUUGAUCAAUCUAUCCACGUUCCUCACUUGACUCUCCCGAAAAAUACAUAUCGUUGGGUGCCUGAUGAAAUCCAUUAUCCAUCACUUUUGCUGAGGGAAAAUGAUGUAAUGAAUAAGUUGUUGAGCUCUGCUGCUGAAUUCGGAGUGGUUAGGAUUAUUGGUCACGGCAUAUCUGGUGAAGAGUUGAGAACAAUGCUGACUGGGAAUGAAUGGUUGUUUGGAUUAUCAAGUGAAAAGUAUGCUAAUUAUGAUAAGUUCGUUUGGGAUUGGUCUGAUAACACGAUGGAACAAAUGGCCAAGGUUGCGAUGGGGGAGCAAAAUUUUCUAUUUUUCCGGCAACAGUUGGAAGAGGUAUUGAACAAACUAAAAGGAAUAGCAAAAGAAGUGGAUGAAAUAAUCAGAUCGAGUGAGAGUGAUCAAUCUUGGAAGAAAAUUGAAGCAGAAGAAGUAAAGAUGUACAUAUACAGAUGCACUAAGAACCAAUCCAGUAGCAUGGACCAAACUUGGCUUCCACCCCACAUUAAUGCAACACUUGAAGAUUCAUUUAAGUAUGCUUUGAACCUUUAUCUCCCACUGGAACCACUUGAAUUCUCUGUGCAUUCAAAACGUGGUCGAUUGCCGUUUAAGACCAGCCCAGACACAAUCAUUGUCACUAUUGGACAUCAACUUGAG